CCAAUCCUUUGCUUACUCUCUUGAAUCAACGCCUUCCCUUCGAUUCUAUUAUGUUCCAUCCUUCAAUUUCUAUAUCUAUAUAAUCACGUAUAUAAAACCUUCUAAUACCCAUUUCUUUUGUUCUGGCUUCUUCUCCUUCUUCGACUUGAUCGUCAACCGAGGCUCUGUUUUUGGUUUCUUUUCUAAUUGCACAAAUGGCAGCACCAUUAGUGGAUGCAGAGUAUUUAAAGGAGAUAGGGAAGGCUCGUCGGGACCUUCGUGGUCUCAUGUCCAGCAAAAACUGCGCUCCUAUCAUGCUUCGCUUAGCGUGGCAUGACGCUGGAACUUACGAUGCGAAAACGAAGACUGGAGGGCCUAAUGGUUCCAUCAGGAACGAGAAAGAGUACAAACAUGAAGCUAAUAAUGGUAUUAAAAUCGCUAUUGAUUUUUGCGAGGAAAUCAAGGCCAAACACCCCAAAAUUACGUAUGCUGACCUCUAUCAGCUUGCUGGGGUUGUUGCAGUUGAGUUCACUGGAGGUCCAACAAUCGAUUUUGUUCCAGGCAGAAAGGAUUCAACUGAAUCUCCUGAAGAGGGUCGUCUUCCUGAUGCAAAACAGGGUGCAUCGCAUUUAAAGGUUGUCUUUUCUCGAAUGGGUCUAUCAGACAAGGAAAUUGUGGCACUCUCUGGUGGUCACACAUUGGGAAAGGCACAUAAGGAAAGAUCAGGCUUCGAAGGUGCUUGGACUAAGGAGCCUUUGAAGUUUGACAACUCCUACUUCAAGGAGCUUUUGAAAGGAAAUUCAGAGGGACUAUUAAAACUACCCACUGACAAGGCUCUCGUGGAAGAUCCUAAGUUCCGCUCCUAUGUUGAGCUAUAUGCAAGGGAUGAGGAUGCAUUCUUCACGGACUAUGCGGCAGCGCACAAGAAACUGUCGGAGCUGGGCUUUACUCCACAUUCCAAAGCUGCAAAGUGUACACUUCUUGUACAGAGUGCUGUGGUAGUUGCUGUAGUUGCAGCUGUGGCAGUGUUAAGUUACUAUUAUGAUGUUAACAGAGUCAAGUGAAGAUCUUGUUUCUUUUAGCAGUAUGGCCAUCGUCGUCUGUUACUCAUAAGAAAUUGUGAUUUGCAAAUGUGUGGAGAAAUCAUUCUAAAACACAAUAAAAAAAAAUGCGUGAAACGAGACAUUGAAUUA